UAAGUCCUGGACCAGCUUUUGACUGAGGAAUAUUUUAUUGUUUCGUAAUAUUACUGCCAGUUUGCCGGAUCGUUGGGGACCCAUGCACAAUGACAGAAAAAAGGUUCAUUCUUCCCCGUCGGUCACAUUACCAUGCGAUCACCGGCUAAUCUGCUAGCAAAUCAUGUAUCCAUACAUGCACAUAGAAUAUGGUGCACAUGGCAUGUGUUAUGUGUGGAGCAUGGAAGGCAUAGAGAACAGGGGUAUAAAAUAAUGAUUAUAUUUUGAAUAUGGUUAAAUUUUUUGGUUUGCCUAAGGGAAGCUUAGUUGUGCCUGUUUUUUGUCUCUGGCUGGAUGUUGCUGAUCUCCUUGUCGUUUUAGUUUGGAAAACUUGUGAAGAUUGCUCAGGAACUUUCACCACACACGCAGGCUAAGCAUUUCGAUGUUCUCAACGGAAAUAACACGUAAAUAAGUGAUGAAAUCCCUGUUUUGUUGCUCCUGUUGCAGUGCAGGUGCUUCCACUGGAAGAUUGAUUUCUGAAUGAUCAUGUUUGUUGAAGCGCUAAAGAAAGUUCGUUUUUGAGUCUAAUUGUGGGAUUCGCAGCCCUAGGCUGGGAUGCUUUGCUUUGCUUAGGGUUUGGUUUUUCUUUCGAUAUAUGGAAUGUUGCAUUUUUGUUUUCUUCGGCCCCUCGUUUUGACAAUGGAUGAUGUUAGUUAUGAAUGGGGAGCGGAAUCAUAAUGUAGGAUCGGGUGCGGUGAAAAAAAUGAUGUUGUAGAAGCAUCAUGGCGUUUACAGGAAGUUACAGGAACAACGGGGGUUCGAACGCGGGGCCUAAAGUGCCGUUGAGGGCGGACAGGUCGUUGUCCGUGAAUUCGACGGUUAAGUCGAAUGCUGUUUCUGCGGCGGUAGGCCAGCGCGUCAAGUCGUCGUCGCCUUCGCCCUCUCUGUCGCCAUCCACCGGCAGGCGCAGCGGUGGUGGAUCGCCUCGUAACGGCAAAGAUGACUGUGGAGGAGUGCCUGGAAGAGUAAGGGUAGCAGUAAGAUUACGACCUAGAAAUGCAGAGGAGGAAGUUGCGGAUGCAGACUUUGCAGACUGUGUGGAACUUCAACCGGAGCUUAAACGAUUAAAGUUGCGAAAGAACAACUGGGAUUCUGAAACAUAUCAGUUUGAUGAAGUUCUUACAGAAAUACAUACUCAGAAGCGUGUUUAUGAAGUUGUGGCAAAGCCUGUUGUUGAGAGUGUGUUGGAAGGGUACAAUGGAACUGUGAUGGCAUAUGGCCAAACAGGUACAGGAAAAACGUUCACACUUGGUCAACUUGGUGAGGAAGAUACUGCAGAACGGGGAAUUAUGGUGCGGGCCAUGGAGGACAUUUUGGCAGAUGUUUCACCUGAACAUGAUUCCAUAACAGUUUCAUAUCUGCAGCUUUAUAUGGAAACCGUUCAAGAUCUCUUGGAUCCUGCCAAUGACAAUAUUCCCAUUGUGGAAGAUCCAAAGUUGGGUGAUGUAGCUUUGCCUGGAGCUACUGUUGUUGAAAUUAGAGAUCAGCAGAGUUUUUUGGAAUUGCUGCAGACAGGGGAAGCACAUCGGUUUGCAGCAAAUACUAAGUUAAAUACUGAAUCUUCUCGGAGUCAUGCAAUUUUGAUGGUAAAUGUUAGAAGAGCAGUGCGUGGAAAACCUGAUAAAGAGUCCUAUAAUUUGAAUGAGAAUGGAAAUGGUGCUCAUCUUCUCAAGGGCCUGCGUGCACCAAUUGUUAGGAGGAGCAAGCUGGUUCUAGUUGAUUUGGCAGGUUCAGAACGGAUAGACAAAUCAGGAAGUGAAGGACACCAGUUAGAGGAAGCAAAAUCAAUCAAUCUUUCAUUAAGUGCUCUUGGAAAAUGCAUUAAUGCUCUUGCCCAGAACAGUUCACAUGUGCCUAUUAGAGAUUCUAAACUGACAAGAUUACUUCGCGAUUCAUUUGGUGGAAGUGCAAGGACUUCACUGGUUGUGACAAUUGGACCUUCGCCACGCCAUCGAGGGGAAACUGCAAGUACAAUUAUGUUUGGGCAAAGGGCUAUGAAAGUGGAGAAUGUGAUGAAGCUUAAAGAAGAGUUUGAUUACAAAAGCCUUUGCAGAAGGUUAGAGGUACAGGUUGAGACUUUGAUUGCUGAAAACGAAAGGCAGGCUAAGGCGUUGCUGGAUUCUGAAGAAAGGCGGCAGAUAGAGGUAAUCGAAGCAGAGCAUCGUGCUAUAGAGGCAGAAAACAAACUUGCAAGUGCUGUGGAGAGUAUGGCUGCAGAAAAGUUAAGGUAUCAGAAAGAGUACAUGGAGAUGCUGCGAAAGCUUGAAGAUCAACAACAGCAGCAACAACAACAAUGGAUGGAAAAUGAAUCUAGAAAAGAAGAUUGUGGGAGAGAGGGCUCAGUCAAUGCAGCUGGUGAAGAACUUGCACAAGUAAAAUGGCUACUGCAAAAAGAAAUCCAAAUGAGGGAACGUGCUGAAGAAGAGCUCAAAACUUUGAAGCAACAAAGCAUUCCAAAUUGGAGUUCAGAGAUGGUGGAAAAUGGUGAGAUUCUAAAGAUUGGCAAGAGGUUAGAAGAUGAAGUCAAGCAGAGGAGUAAACUGGAAGAUGAAAUAAAGAGUUUGAAACAUCAGUUAUUACAAUUAAGCAUGGAAGCUGAUGAGGUAUUCAAUACAAGAAGGGUUCUUGACAGAGGAAGUUCUGGAAGGAUAUCAACUGGGUCAGAUACUCCCAUUAACACUCUUAAGACACAUCAAGUAAGAGAUUCAGCAAAUGGACAGAAAGCUACAAUUGCUAAGCUUUUCGAACAAGUUGGUUUGCAAAAGAUUUUGUCUCUUCUUGAGUCAGAUGAUGUUGAUGUUCGAGUACAUGCUGUGAAGGUUGUUGCAAACUUAGCAGCUGAAGAAGCAAACCAGGAGAAGAUUGUUGAGGCAGGUGGGCUUCAUUCCUUGCUGAUGCUUUUGAGAAGCUCAGAGGAUGAGACUAUCCGAAGGGUAGCUGCUGGUGCCAUUGCAAAUCUUGCCAUGAAUGAGACCAACCAGGAGCUUAUAAUGGCCCAAGGUGGUAUUGGGCUGUUAUCAAGGACAGCAGAUGAGGCAGAAGAUCCUCAAACUCUUCGCAUGGUAGCGGGGGCAAUUGCAAAUUUGUGUGGCAAUGAUAAGUUGCAAAUAAAGUUAAGAGAUGAAGGUGGAAUAAGGGCAUUACUAGGGAUGGUCAGAUGUGGUCAUCCAGAUGUUCUUGCACAAGUUGCUCGUGGCAUUGCAAACUUUGCAAAGUGCGAGUCUCGAGCAUGUACACAAGGAAUGAAAGCUGGAAGGUCUCUUUUAAUUGAUGAUGGGACCCUACCUUGGAUUGUACAAAAUGCAAACAAUGAAGCCUCACCUAUUAGACGUCAUAUUGAGCUUGCACUCUGCCACCUGGCACAACAUGAAGUUAAUGCUAAGGAUCUAAUUGCGGGAGGAGCAUUAUUAGAGCUUGUUCGCAUUUCGAGAGAUUGCUCAAGAGAGGACAUUCGUAAUCUUGCCCAAAGAACGCUUGUUUCUAGCCCUAUUUUCCAAACCGAAUUGCGUCGAUUGCAUAUGGCAUGCUGAAGAAUUUGUUUCGUAGCAUGCCCUUCAUUUGUCAUUGGCUGUGUAUAUUCGGUUUGUGGAGGAAACCCUUAUAUGACGUUUUGUAUUAUUUCUCUGAUUGGGUUGGGCUUGUUCAUGAGUUAGUGGUGUGCAUUUUUAAUAGCAGUUGAGCCCUUGCCUAUAAUUUCUCGAUCAGGUUGAGGAUAGAAUGGUGUAAUGCUGAAAGGAAGUUUAUUGCUAAAUCAAUAAAAUGCUCGGAAGUAUUUUGGUUUUUAUCAAA